AUGUCACUUGAAUCAUCUGAGCUUCACAAACAAGUAUUUGGUGAAAGUGAUGACGAUGACCUUAGUGAUUUGGGGGAGGUAGAUUUUAGUGAAGACGAGGACCAAAAUAGAGAAUCACCACAAGCAUCUUCCCCCGAGUCGGUAGUAGAAGACUCGCCGAAAAGACUAAAGAUAAGGCUCCCAAAGUUCAAGAAACGCACUGACACUAGUCGGAACGCUGAUCCUGAUUAUUCCGAGACGCAACGUCCAAGACCCAAGAAGCGUCGCCGAAGAUUUGACGAAAUCAUCACUGAGGAUGAUGAGAUUGUGAAAGUAGAGCGUGAGGAAAAACUAACACCAUAUGAAGAGAUCAAGCGAAGAGUGGACAAGGAUUUUGAUGAGGCGCUAAAGGCAUCAUCGGGUAGACGUAGGAAGCGUAAAGACGUGGACUUGGAGGCUACCCGCGAUGACGAAGCUCAAGAACUAUAUGCUCUAAUGAUAGCUGCUGCUGAUCGGGAUAUUGCACUAAACAACCAAAGAAAACCAGCAGUCAAGAAACUCGAGCGUGUGGAAUAUGUGACAUGGGUUCUUAAGAAAGCUAACAUGCUAGACACGCUGUUGGAAAACAACAUAUUGGAGUCAAUAAGAGCGUGGCUGGAACCUUUGCCUGAUGCAUCCCUGCCAAACAUUGCUAUUCAAAGAGGCUUGUUUGAAGUUCUAGAGCGGGUUCCUAUGUCGAUUGAUCUUUUACGUCAGUCGGGUAUUGGUAAAAUAGUGCAUUUCUAUGAAGAGCAUCCUCGCAACGAUGCAGACAUAACGAGACGGGCAGCGAAACUAGUUGCCAAAUGGAGUGCGCCAAUAUUUGGCAAGAGCCUUGAUUAUAGAGACAAGAAGAUUGUAUAUUAUCGACCUGAGACUGGGGAGAUGCCAAAUGCGGAUGGAACCGUUACCUUUGCACCGUCUUCUCAGCGAAGGCCGGUUAGGAAGAGAGGACCUGAUCCGUACAAGAAUCUGAAGAGCCGUAUGGCGCAGAUGAAGAAGGGAAUCAACGUGAAAUAA